AUGGUCAAUGGAAAUUUGAGAAGAAUCAUUUUACUAAGCUUAAUGUCGGGGAUUGCAGUCAAACCAACAAUUUGUGACUUGUUAAGUGAUACAGAGAGACUUGAACUCAUAGGCUUCUCCGACACUAGAAGAUUGCGCACGAGUCUUGAAGACGACGACAAAGAUCCGGCGUCUGAAAAGAUUGACUGCGCACAGGUGACAUGUGACUCCGUGGAUAGUGAAGUAUGCGAGAACCAGGGUUGCUGGAAAGGCUGUCUUGCACAUUUAGGUCAUUGUAGCGCCGCAGGGAUGUAA